AUGGUACCAAACACCGAUGACUAUGAGACACAGUUUUACGACGACCUGACUAUCCCUGAACUGAAAGCCUAUAUAAACAGCAAUAUCUCGGCUACCGGUGCUCUAAUGCGCGAAACUGAGAUCACGUACGUGCGGGACAACCGUCAAGUGGUGGCCAACUUUUACGAGGCUAUCAUAGCAUGGGUGGACCGGGAGGUUCCCCUAGCAUUCAAAUACCUUGAUGCUAUACAAAAUGACACCAUUAAGACUCGGGAAUAUAUUGAACUAGCUUAUAGUGUAAAUAUCCGAUAUAAUAGUGGACAGGUAGCUUAUAAGGAACGGGCUGGUCACCAAUUAAACGUAACUGACACGGCUGAUAAUUUAGCCAAAGAAUUGUUGGACCUUGAGCAUAAACUAAUAAAUGGAUUGACCCAAGCUAUUGAUGUCGAGAUACAAAAGAGAUUGACGUUUUGGGCUACUUUACAUCAAAAUUUCCCACUACUGGACUCCGGUAUCAAACAAAUCAAGUCGACUGAUGUUAAGGCCAGAAAUUUGCAGCAAUUAAUCAAUGACUUGUUGCUGGCUGCUUAG